ACUAAUUUUAGCUUAUUCUCAGAAACAAAUCGUGAGUGAGCAGAAGAAGAUGGAGAGAGAGCCUAAGCCAGAGAAAGAGCCAGACCCUCCGCUGGAUGAAAUAUUCUCUGAGCUAGAAACAAUGAGUGACUUUCACGAGGCUGUAGCCAAGUUAAAGGUUAAAUACAGCAGGAGAGACAUCUGGAGCCAGUACCUUCUGGACGUAUACGAUCCUGCUACACCCCUAGGUUAUAACUACAUAUACAGGAAGUCAGACUACUACUGCAGGUUGUGCAACACUAAACCAAUUCGUUGCAUCAGGGACACUAAAGCUCACUUUGCUUCACGUGAACAUUAUGAUAACUAUCUUGCUUAUCUUAAAGCCUUAGAGGAACCACAGGAGGUCAUAAAGACAGACCAAGCGGAGAAUAUGCAAGAAGGAGAGACCGAAGGAAAGGAGUACACAGACAGUGCCGGUGCAGGAAUGAGCAGCAUGGACGCUAAUGCGGAGAUGUUGGAGGAGGAGCUGAUGGAAGACAAUGUUUACGCCAGUGCUGACUCUGCCGAGAAGGUGUCCUCUGAUACUUCAGACAAGGGUGUCUGGUACUGCUUCUACUAGCUUGGUCUUUGUUGACUCUCUUCAACACUGAGUAUGACCAAGGUCCCAGUGCAUUGUAUUUCACUUAGUUGAACUAGAAAUAAAGUUGUAUAUUACAUCUUGGUGAAUAAUGAUAGGUGGUGACAUACUGGUCAUGACACACAUCACUAAGUCAGCUGUUGAGUGGUGAGGCAGUGACAUACAAGGUCAUUGCUCCAGGUCAGUUGUUGAGUGGUGAUGUGGUGACAUACCAGUAAUUGCUCCAGGUCACCAGGUCAAGUGUUGAAUGGUGACACACCAGUCAUCACUUCAGGUCACCAGGUCAGGUGUUGAGUGGUGACACACCAGUCAUCACUCCAGGUCAAGUGUUGAGUGGUGACACACCAGUCAUCACUCCAGGUCACCAGGUCAGGUGUUGAGUGGUGACACACCAGUCAUCACUCCAGGUCACCAGGUCAAGUGUUAAGACUUGUUCUUAGAAAUAAUUUGCAUAAGAGGUUGUGUAGUUCUGAAGAAACUAAUAAUGUUGAAUGUCUGUAUGUAUGUGUGUGUGUACUCACCUACAUGUGUGUGUGUACUCACCUACAUGUGGUUGCAGUCACAGCUCCUGGACCCGUACUCACCUACAUGUGGUUGCAGUCACAGCUCCUGGACCCGCCUCU